AUGGACAAGUACGUUAAGAUCAAACUCAUAGGCGAGGGAUCGCACGGGAAAGUGUAUCUGGUUAAGGAGAAACCCGACGGCGAAGGAUCCUCGAAGCAUCAACAGGCCGUUCGCAGUCCGAGCGAUAAAGUAUGGGUGAUGAAGGUCGUACCGUUGCCGUCGGAUCCGAAAGAGCGAGAAGAAUGCGUUCGAGAAGGAUCGACCAUGAUGAAGCUCGGUCACCCCCUGCAUUGUCGGUUGCAAGUGAUGGAGUAUUGUCGCAAGGGUGAGCUGUGUCAGCACCUCAAGAAGCGCUCCAACAUGGCAAUGAUGAUUCCCGAAGACACGAUUCUCAACUGGUUCGUGCAGCUCGUGCUCGCGUUAGAGUACCUUCACCAUAAGAACAUUCUCCACCGAGACGUCAAGGUACUAAAUCCCGCUCGUCUCCAUCUCCCCCGUUCUAUCGAUUUUCCGCGGAGAACGUGUUUCUUCGCAGCCGUCCACGACACGCCGCUGGGUAACGCGGCGACGGUGCAGCUGGGCGAUUUCGGCAUUUCGCGAAUGCUGGAGGCCCACGAGGCGGUCGCGCGAAGCUUCGUGGGCACGCCGCUGUACAUGUCGCCCGAGCUGAUCCGGAACGAACCGUACGACCAUAAGUCAGAUAUAUGGGCGCUGGGUUGCAUCCUGUACGAGAUGAUGUGCUUCACUAAGCCCUUCCCCGCUACAAGCAUACGCGACCUUGUUCUGCGAGUGCUCAAGAGCAACUACCGCCCUCCUCCCCACAUCGCCGCGCGCGUCUUGGCCAUUCACAGCGAGGUCGUGUUGCAGGCGCACCGCCUAGGGUUGCACGCUCCUCUCGAGCCCCUGCUCUCCCCUUCCGCGCGCGCGCGCGUAGCAUCCGCGGAAGGCGCGCGCGCGGAGCGCCCGCGUGCGCCGGGUUCGCCCCGGCAGAUGGCAGCAGCGGGGGCGGCGGAGAUGCGCGGGGAGGCGGGGGCGGGCGGAGAGGGCUCGCUGUUCCGCGAUUACGAGGCGAGCUUGAAGGUCCCCCCUCCUCAGGCAAGUCCUUUCAAAUGUCCUGGUCCUCUCCGCUCCCUUCGUGUUUCUUUCCCCUCUUUCCCCUGUGUUGAUCAUCCUUCUCUUACCCCUCCUUCUCCACCCGCCCUACUCUCCCUCCAAUUCUCCUCUUUCCCCCUCUCGCCCCCUUCAGAAGACCCGUUCGCCUCGGCGGCGGCUCGGCGGCGAUUCUCAGCCUCGGACACGGAUAACCUGGUGCAGCGCGCCAAUAGCCGCGGCCGGGGGAGCAUCAGCGGGCGCAUGGGGGACGGCGGGGGCGCGGGGGGGAGUGGCAGAAGCGGGGGCGGCGGAAGCAGGCGGGGGUCGCGGGAGCUGUCACUGGCGGAAGAGGAUUUGCGCGCGCUAGAGGAGGGGAUAGAGGAGGGGGGCGGGGACUUAUCGGACGUGGUUCGCGGAGGGGCGACGGGGGAAACGAGUAGUGCGGGAACUGGCGGAAACUCGUCGCAGGAGAGUAUACCAUUAGGGGCGCGGCUAUCCCCCUCGGCGGAGACACGCGCGCUUGUAAAUAGACCGCGGGGGAGGAGCAUGAAGGAGCGGGAUCCCGCGCAUGGGGGGACCGCUGCGGAAGCAAGCGCGGAGCUAGGCAUGCGCGCGCAAUGCGGGGAGUGCGCAGACCUUGGGGAAGGAGCGGUGGAGGGGAGAGCGCCGGGAAGCAGCAGGGGUUACGCGGAACGGCGGGCAAGAGGGGGGCGCGCGCUGCAGAGGGGGCGCAGCGAGGGCGGGCGGAUGGGGGAACACUUUCACGUGAGGGAGGGCGCGGGCAUGGGGGAAGGCAGUAGGGAGGGCGCGGGCAUGUGGGCCGAGGGGGAAGCGGAAAGGGAGGCGGCGGAUAGGGAGGCGGCGGAAAGGGAAGCGGCGGAUAGGGAAGCGGUUGAGAGGGAGGUGGCGGAGAGGGAAGCGGCGGAGAGGGAGGGGGGGCGGGGAGGGAGUGGGGCGGAGAGGGAGCGGAGCGGGUGGCAGCAGGAGCGGCGGCGGCGGCGGUCCGCCCGCCGCAUGCCCUCCAGCAGCAAUGCGACUGACCAGUCGUUAGGGCAGUCGCCGCUGUGGACGCCCAGGCGAGUGGUGGAAGAGGCGAGUCGCCUGCUGGGGGGGCACCGGGGGGAGGGGUUCGGGCUGGGCGCAGGCAUGGGGUCGGGUAUGGGGAUGGGCAUGGGGUCGGGUAUGGGGAUGGGCAUGGGGUCGGGUAUGGGGAUGGGCAUGGGCGCGGGGACGGGAAUGGGUCCGGGGGUCCCGUACGCGCGGGACAGGAUGUGGUAUGGCGAGGAGCGUAAUAUGGGGUACAGCCCGCCUGGAAGGGCCUUGAGCCCACCAGCAGCAGCUCAACAAUUCCAGCAGAAGCAGCCGUUUGAGGGGAGGUCGCGGGUUCAAUCCCCGGUGCCGUCAUUCCCAAGCCGAGUCAGUGAGGGGGAUGAGGACAAGAGCAGCAGCAGCGGCAAAACUCGUGCCAGUGCUCCUCGCACUGGCGUCGCUAGUGCCUCUUCUCCUCAUGCCUCUGCCUCUGGAAACAGCACCCGCAUUGCUGCUGCCGCUGUUGCUGCUGCUGCUGAAGCGCUUUCUGCACAGCCUACAAGCCCAACCACCAACCCCACAACCCCUACAAUCCACUGCCCAAGUCCCACUAGCCCAACCAGCCAAUGCGCUAGCCCCACCCCUGCUAGCCCCACAAGCCCCAACCCCACCAGUCCCACGAGUCCCACUGUGACGCGCUCUCUCCCCACGCGCAGCUCUGCCAGCUCUACAGACGCGGAGGCUGUGCUGUGCCGCGCCCUUGCCUCCAUCCCCUCCCCCCCGGACAGCCCCUCCGCGCUCACCCUCAUUCCGCCUCUCACUGCCUCCUCCUAUAAACCUAACAAGGCAGCAGCAGCUGCUGCUGCUGCUCCUUCCGCUGAUAUUGCUCCCGCUCCAGUCCAGCCGCUGGGUCCCUCUGCCUCUGCCCCAUCCCUUGCAUUCAGAAACCCCCUGGCGGCGCUGCCCCCGCUGCCCUUCCCCUUCCGCCCAUCCCCGCGCGCCCCUGCGCCCAGCUCCGCGCCCGCCUUUGCCACCGCCGCUGCUCUCAUAGCUGUUGCCACUGGCAUGCCGGAUGGUGGCCGUAUGGGCACGCCAGAGAGCCGUAUGGGUAUGUCAGAGGGCCGUAUGGGUAUGUCAGAAGGGCGGGUGGGCAUCCCAGAAGCGACGUCAGUGGAGACUAUCAGCAGCACUCUCAGCUCUGAUACCGCUGCUGCCAUUCCCCGCAUGCAGCACGUGGCCGCUCUGCACCGCAUUCAACACCAGCAACAGCAGCAGCAGCAGCAGCAUGUGGGGAAUCAGGGCAGGCAGAAGCCAGCAGCAGAGUCUUCCCUCAGUGCUGCCAGUGCCUCUGCCGGGGAUACCUAUGGCGCUGGUGCUGGCGCUGGUGCUGGUGCGGGCAGCAGCGGCGCCAACGCCUCUGUCUCCAGCUAUGGCCGCAGCAGCAGCAGCAGCAGUAGCGGCACCCGCCCCACGUCGCCCCUCCGGUUUGGCGGGAGGCUGGCUGCGAAGCUGGCGGGUUCCUUCUCCUCCCUGGUUCCUAAAUCUCCCAAGUCUCCCAAGUCGCCCAAGUCCUCCAGGUCUCCCAAAUCUCCCAAUUUGCGGAGUCCCCGGAAGUUUGGAAGGAGAUUCGGUGCAGUGACAGGAACUGAGGGGGCAGGCGGAUCUGCAACAGCAGCAGCAGGAGGAGCAGCAGCAGCAGGGCAAGGAAGAGGGUCGUCCUUGGUGGCAGCAGUGGCGCUAGGGGGUCACAAGAGCACCCCAUCCUUGACCCUAUCCACAGACGAAGGUCCCACUGCUGGCUCUGGGAAUUUCAGCAGCGAGGGGACUAUGAGCUGGGGCUCCCUCCUCUCAUCCUCCUCCCUCAUUGGCCGCUCCUUCUCCCUGCUCUCCCCGAGAAAAGGCCCCAAAAUGCGCCGGGGAACCUGCCUUGUACCCUCGACGUCGACACGGGAAGAUGGGCAGGUGGAGGCGGCGGUUACUGGGGAUAGUGACUUGAGUGGGAUGUUGGGGGAUAGUGAAGUGAGUGGGGUGUGUGGUGGGGAUAGUGAGGUGAGCGGGGUGUGUGGUGGGGGGAUGUCGCUAGAAGCCAGUUUGAGCCAUGCAGGGCUGGAUGUGCUGUUGGGUGUGAGGGAUGCUGCUGAGGCAGCAGCAGGUGCAGCGGCAGGAGCAGGAAGAGCAGAAGCAGGCGUUGCAGAAGGGGCAGGAGUGGGAGUAGGGAUGGGUGCAGCAGGCGAGGCAGGUGGUGCUGUAAAGGGGUGUUUGAAUGACGGGGCUGAGGAUGUGUUAAUGGGCCACGUGCGUACCAGGCUGCAGGCAGUGCAAGCAGGGCAAGCAGGAAAGGCAGGGCAAGCAGGAAAGGAAGGGCAAGCAGGAAAGGCAGGGCAAGCAGGAAAGGCAGGGCAAGCAGGAGAGGCAGGAAAGGCAGAGCAAGCAGGGCAGGGGGCACAAGCUGGGAUGGCAGUACAGGCAGUGCAGGCGUGUAGGAGUGGGGAGGAGGCGAGCAACGAGGAAGAGAGUGGGAGGAAGUGGGCCCAGCAAGGCACUGCCGAUCGCAGGCUAGCGCUGCAGGGACAGGGGAAGAGUGGCGCAGGUGGGGCAGGUGGGGCAGUUGGGGGAGGCGCAACAGGUGUGGCGGGCUGGGCAGGUAUAUCUGGUGGAGGUUUGACCCAGGCAGGUGCAAGCUGGACACAGCCCAAUCCAGACAGAAAGCUCUCUAGCUCCCUCCACAGCCCCACACACUCUCCUACCGGUAAUCCCAGAGGUGGUAACCGCGCUGCAGCAAUGAAUCGUAACAGUUCGAGCAAGUCACUGAAAGAGGAGGGUGUGUAUCAGCGGGUGCUGGUUGGGCUGGAGAUCCCAGAAGGGGACGAGGAGAGGGGAGGUGAGGGGGUGCCGGAGAGACCAGUGCUGGGUGUGGGGGGAAUGCAUGGGAGGGUAUCUGUGGUUGGUGGUAGCGGUCAGCAAGGGGAAGCAUGUGGGAAUGCAUAUGGUGGUGGUGAUGGUGAUGGUGAUGAGAAUGGGAAUGGUGAUGGAGGGGGGUAUGUAGAGCAGGAAAGUGAUGGGGAUUCAGCAUCGUCGUCGUCAUUCAGUCCGACAGUCCCUGCUACACUGACGUCGCCUAUAGGGAGUUUGUUUCAAAGCAGGAGGAAGCAUGAGCGCUUACCGAGGCGGUUACAGAGGAGGAAAACUGGCACCCCACGCUAG